UCAAGAUGGCUGCUGUGGUCGGGGAUGAAGACUGACGAAGACGCUCAUCCCAACCCGACACAGGCCGAGGAGACGCGCUGCUAACAGCCCGCUGAAAACCCGUCCCCCCGGACCGGACCGGGACCGCCAACCCGAGCACAGCUCUCUCUCGAAGUAGGAGGCACCGUGACAGACCGCCAACAUGGACACCACCACAUCCAUCAAGAUGACCACGCUGGCCAUCCAGAACCUGUUCAGCUACGUGGAGGAGGAGAACCUGGCAGCUCUCCGAGUCCACCUGGACCGCUUCAAGGAGGUGGACGGACGCAGUGACAACGGCCAGACGCCCCUCAUGCUGGCGGCGGAGCAGGGCAGCCUGGACAUCAUCCAGGAGCUCAUCAGGAGAGGAGCCGACGUCAACCUGGACGACGUGGACUGCUGGUCGGCUCUGAUCUCGGCCGCUAAGGAGGGACACGUGGAGGUGGUGAAGGAGCUGCUGGAGAACAGCGCCUACAUCGAGCACCGGGACAUGGGCGGCUGGACAGCUCUGAUGUGGGCGGCCUACAAAGGACGGGUGGAGGUGACAGACCUGCUGCUGGAGCACGGAGCCAACCCCAACACCACCGGGCAGCAGUACAGCGUUUAUCCGAUCAUCUGGGCCGCAGGCCGAGGACACGCCGAGAUUGUCAAGCUGCUGCAGCAGAACGGAGCAAAAGUCAAUUGUUCAGACAAGUAUGGGACCACCCCUCUGAUCUGGGCAGCCAGGAAGGGACACCUGGACUGUGUGAUGCACCUGCUGGAGAACGGCGCCGACGUGGACCAGGAGGGGGCGAACUCCAUGACGGCUCUGAUCGUAGCCGUAAAGGGCGGAUACACGGAGGUGGUGAAGGAGCUACUGAAGAGGAACCCCAACGUCAACAUGACCGACAAAGAUGGAAACACGGCGCUGAUGAUCGCCGCCAAGGAAGGCUACACCGAGAUCGUCCAGGACCUGCUGGACGCCGGGACGUACGUCAACAUCCCCGACAGGAGCGGGGACACGGUGCUGAUCGGAGCAGUGAGGGGCGGCCACGUGGAGAUUGUCAGAGCUCUGCUGCACAAGUACGCCGACAUCGACAUCAGAGGACAGGAGAGUAAGACGGCUCUGUACUGGGCGGUGGAGAAGGGGAACGCCACCAUGGUGAGGGACAUCCUGCAGUGUAACCCCGACACAGAGAACUGCACCAAGGACGGAGAAACUCCUCUGAUCAAAGCCACCAAGAUGAGGAACAUUGAGAUUGUCGAGCUGCUGCUUGACAAAGGAGCCAAAGUGUCGGCAAUAGACAAGAGAGGAGACACUCCCCUCCACAUUGCGAUCCGAGGGCGAAGCCGCCGCCUGGCCGAGCUCCUCCUCAGAAACCCCAAAGACGGGCGGCUCCUGUACCGGCCCAACAAGGCCGGCGAGACGCCGUACAACGUGGACUGCAGCCACCAGAAGAGCAUCCUCACGCAGAUCUUUGGAGCACGUCACCUGUCCCCCACUGAGAGCGACGGGGACAUGCUGGGCUACGACCUGUACAGCUCGGCCCUGGCCGACAUCCUGAGCGAACCCACCAUGCAGCCGCCCAUCUGCGUGGGUCUGUACGCUCAGUGGGGCAGCGGGAAGUCCUUCCUCCUGAAGAAGCUCGAGGAUGAGAUGAAGACCUUUGCCGGGCAGCAGAUCGAGCCCUUGUUCCAGUUCUCCUGGCUCAUGGUCUUCCUGUCUUUGCUGCUGUGUGGCUCCGUCGCCAUCGUCCUGGGCUUCACCGUCGACCCCAAGCUCGCCAUGGCAGUGUCCCUCAGUCUGCUGGCUCUGCUCUACCUGUUCUUCGUGGUGGUGUACUUCGGUGGACGUAGGGACGGCGACAGCUGGACGUGGGCAUGGUUGCUCAGCACCCGUUUGGCUCGUCACAUCGGCUAUCUGGAGCUGCUUCUGAAGCUAAUGUUUGUGAACCCCCCGGAGCUGCCUGAACAGAGCACCAGAGCUCUACCUGUCAGGUUCCUGUUCACAGAUUACAACCGCCUGUCCAGUGUGGGAGGGGAGACGUCCAUGGCAGAGAUGAUCGCUACACUGUCAGACGCCUGCGAGAGAGAAUUCGGCUUCCUCGCUACGCGUCUGUUCCGGGUGUUUAAGACCGAGGAGAGUCAAGGUAAGAGGAAGUGGAAGAAGACGUGCUGCGUGCCGUCUUUCAUCCUCUUCAUCUUGGUGCUGAGCUGCCUGAUCACUGGAAUGGCGCUGCUGGCCAUCUUUAAGGUGGACAGUGAGAACCAGACGGUGAACGCCGUGCUGAUCGCCAUCAGCAGCGUUGUGGGUCUGGCCUUAGUGCUGAACUGCAGGACCUGGUGGCAGGUGACGGACUCUGUGCUGAACUCUCAGAGGAAGAGGCUGCACAGCGCGGCCAACAGGAUGCACAAACUGAAGAGUGAGGGCUUCAUGAAGGUGCUGAAGAACGAGGUGGAGCUGAUGGCGAGGAUGGCUAAGACCAUUGACGGCUUCACGCAGCAUCAGACCAGGCUGGUGGUCGUCAUCGAUGGUCUGGACUCCUGCGAACAGGAUAAAGUCCUGCAGAUGCUCGACACGGUGCGGGUUUUAUUCUCCAAAGGUCCCUUCAUCUCCAUCUUUGCCAGCGACCCUCACAUCAUCAUCAAAGCCAUCAACCAGAACCUGAACAGCGUCCUCAGAGACUCCAACAUCAACGGACACGACUACAUGAGGAACAUCGUCCACCUGCCCGUGUUCCUCAACAGCCGAGGACUCUCCAGCGCCAGGAAGAUGUGUGCUGCCGCGCCCGCCAAUGGAGACCCCGCCAACACUGACGCUGGCUGGCACGAGGAGCUGGACAGGAAACUGUCUCAACACAGUCUGGGAGAACUGACCAGGAUCGGCAGCAAAACCACGCUCACCCGCCGGGACACAUACCGGCGGCGUCAGGUGCAGCGCUCCGUGACCCGUCAGAUGUCCUUCGACCUGACCAAGCUCAUGGUGACGGAGGACUGGUUCAGCGACAUCAGCCCACAGGUCAUGAGGAGGCUGCUGAACAUUGUGUCCGUCACAGGUCGACUCCUGCGAGCCAAUCAGAUCAACUUCAACUGGGACCGCCUGGCAUCCUGGAUCAACAUGACGGAGCAGUGGCCCUACAGGACGUCCUGGCUCAUCCUGUACCUGGAGGAGACCGAUGGAGUCCCCGAGCAGGCCUCGCUCAAGACCAUCUACGAGAGAGUGUUGAAGAACAUCCCCACCACCAAAGACGUGGAGCCACUGUUGGAGAUUGAUGGCGACGUCCGUAGCUUUGAGGUUUUCCUGUCGUCGCGGACUCCCAUCUUGACGACCAGAGACAUUCGUACCUUCCUGCCCUGCACAGUGAACCUUGACCCCAAACUCAGAGAGAUCAUCUCAGAUGUGCGUGCAGCCCGGGAGCAGAUGAACAUGGGUGCAGUCACGUACCCGCCGGUCCCCCUGCCGGAGGCUCAGCCCCGCCCCACCUCCGUCUACAGCCAGGUCUCGUCCAACUGCUCUCCAUCUGCAUCCUUCAGCGGACCUUUCAACCACGCAGGAGGGGGCGUUGUCUCCCCGCAGCCCCACAGCAGCUACUACAGCGGGAUGGUCGGCCCACAGCACCCCUUUUACAACAGGCCAUAUUUCCCCCAUCAUCUUUACCAGCUGCCACGCCCACUCGUGGCCUCCUUCCCACCACACCUUUAUCCACGCCCACCUCCUAAAAGCGGCUUCAUCCGGGAUGCCGCUGCGCUUUGUAAGGGUUCAUCUCUAAGAAGGAAGCAGGGUGCUCCUUCCAUCGUGUCCGUGACUCCGUCCGUCCUCCUCAGCUCCAUGACGACGGACGCCGUGUGCGAGCGUGUGCGGCAGAUGGACGGCAUGGACCAGAACCUGACUGGACAGUACGCCGCCACCAUCAGGAAGGCCAACGUGAACGGCAGAGUUCUGUCCCAGUGCAACAUCGAUGAGCUGAAGAAGGAGAUGAACAUGAACUUCGGAGACUGGCAGCUGUUCCGAGCCAUGGUUCUGGACCUGCGUGUCCUGGAGAGCCAGGUGCUGAACGAGGAAGCGGCCAGCGAGCAAGGCAGCGUGGCGGGCGUUCACCCUGAGGCGGGGCGGCGGGCCGCCGCGCCGCCACACGCCGGCGCCGCCCACCCGGACGGGUCGCCCAUGUACAGCUUCAACCUGAGCUUCGAGGAGCUGAGCGGCGUGGGAUUGGAUGAGGGGCCGCGGCCCGGACACGCCCCCUGGAUGGGGGGCGCUCACCGCACCGCCAGCAUGACCAGCCUCAACUCCCAGGAAUCCUCCAACGACAUCGCCAAGCUGACGGACAAGCAGCAGCAGGAGUACCGCUGCGCCUACCAGGAGUACAUCGCCCAGAUGGCCACGCUGGAGAUGGGCGGCGGCAGCGGCCGGGAGAAGCCCGUCCAGCCGCAGCCCGAGCAGUUCAUGACGCCGUCCUCCGAGGACAAGAGCAAGGACGGCGCCGAGCAAGACGGACGCAAGUCCUACAACAAGCGGAGCGCUGCCAAACCGGCGGCCGACAACGCCGACUUCGUCUCCAACAACGACGGCCUGGACCCGAUCACGGAGGAGGAUGAGAAGGGCGACCACGGCUCCUCCAAGUCCCUGCUGACCCGUAAGAAGUCUGCAGACAAAGGGCUGUUCCAGGGCGCCGCCGACCUGAAGCUGAAAGCCGGCGGCGGGCUGCGCUACCAGAAACUGACGAGCGACGACGAGGAGUCGGAGGAGUCGGACAACGCCCCCCUGCUCAAAGACAGCAAGAAGGCGGCCGAGCAGAAGCCGCCCGGCGGCUCGCUGGCGCUCAAGGGGAAGGACUACCUGUCGGACGCCACGCUGGACAAGAAGGACUCGUCGGACUCGGGCGUACGCUCCAACGAGAGCUCGCCCAACCACUCGCUGCAGGACGAGGAGGCGGAGCUGUCGCAGCUGGAGCGCUCCGACCUCAUCGAGCUGGACGAGGACGGCCCGGCCCGGAAGCGCGGCGUCCCCGCCGGCCUGGGCGGCCUGCAGGACCCGGCCGUGGCCCGCAUGUCCAUCUGCUCCGAGGACCAGUGCAGCCUGCUGGCCAGCAGCCCCGACGACAGCUGGCCGUCCUCCCGGGGAGCCAACCUGAACCGCACGCCCAGCAACGUGACGCUCAACAACAACACCAACGCUCAGACACGCCCCGAGCCCACCUCCUCCUCCACCGCCGACGUCAUCGUGGCCCCGACCGCCACCCGGCCCGCCCCCAACAACGAGAACGUCCGGGUGGUGCACCUGAAGAGGGGCCUGAAGCCCGGAGACCCCCCCGAGGUCUGCACCGUCUCCUCCGACACCCUGGCGUUCGGCGAGGAGCGCGAGAGCAUCCUGUGACCUCGCCGGGAGCACGAGGAGCCGCCCCGGGGGCCGUGAGAACCGCCCCCUCCUCUUCGACCAAUCAGGAGCUCCCAGGAGCCGCCUAACUGUUGUGGAAGUGUCGUCCUUGGUGUCGUGGUCGUAGCUGCAUGCUCUCUGCUGUGGUCGCUCCAGCGCCACGUCUGCACGUAAACUAGAAGCUGCAUGUUGUCGUUUAACAACAAAAGUAUUUAAUGGACUGAAGGUUUGGAGGGAACUGAGAGGUAAACGUCUGGAAUCAGCACAUGUUGGAUUUUAUUCAAGACAAGGCAAGUUUAUUUGUAUAGCACAAUUCAACACAAGGUAAUUCAAAGUGCUUUACAUCAACAUUAAAAGCGGCAAGACACAAUUAAACAGUGAAUAACAAAUAAAAUAAUAAGAAAAGAGGUAAAAUAAUAGUAGCCAACUCGUGCUACUGGGGUCAGCCAAUCCUGCACCCUGCCACAAUAAUGAAAAGCACAAGUUGUUAAAAAGUAAGGGCAGUAGAGUACAGCAGGUACAUCUCAUUCUUACAAUGGCAAGAAUUACGUUUCUAUACGGUCAAAACGACUGGGUCAAAUACAGUAUUACAUAAAAUAUUUUAAAGAUAUGAAUGACUGAUGGAUCCCCGCCUCAGAGCGGCGGUGCAGGUGCAUGAUGGGCCGGAGCGGCAGCUAGCUGAGUCUCUCCAGGCUCAGGUCUCGGUGGCAGGAGUCUACGUGGGGCGUUGUCAUGGCAACACUUGAUCACAGGUGUCUGAUGCAGGGCUGGGGAUCCAUUCAAAUGUCAAGAAUCGAUUCCGAUUCUUAAGAUUCAGAAUCGAUUAUCACGAUUGGAUUCGAUUCCCAUAUCAAUCUGGGUUAGUGUUAUUAAAACAUUUUUGUUGAGCUUUUUCGAGAUACUAGUAUUAUAUUGAGAUUCAACAGCAAGUAUUGGCAGCUAAUGAUGCUGUAAGGACCAAUCAGCUCCCAGAAUGCUGAUAGAACUGCUUUCAGAAACAUCGUGGGGAAGAAUUAUCAAACAGAUCCAGGGAGGAAACAGGGACGUAUGAAAUCGAUUUCAUUUUUUUCCCACAUUCGGUUUUCAUUUUUUCGGUUUUGAAUUUUUGAGAAUUUGGUUUUUAGCAUUUCAUGGAAAUAUAACCCCAAGACAGUAUAUAAAGUAAUGAAAUAUAGACAAUGUAUGCAAUUAUAACUGAAAACUUUAAUGUUUUCAUACCUUUAAACAUAUUUAAAGGCAAAAACAUGGCACUAGUUAUGCUUGUGUCUAAUAAUCUAAUGGGCAUAAACAAAAAAAAUACCAAAAGUUGUAAUGUAAUGAUGAAAAAAAAAAAAUCGAUCUUUAGACAUACAAAUCGAUUUUUAGGAAUUAAUAUUAGAAUCAAUUUAGAAUCGGAAAAUUGUUUGGUUUUUUUUUCAACACAGGCCUACUCUGAUGUACCUUCAUCAAACCAUAAACAGCCAAUCAGAGUUCCUCCCGCUAACGUCACCAGGAGCCACUCGUGCUCCAUCCCUUCAGCUAAAACCAGCCAGUCCUUUUCUAAAUGGAUCCACUGAGCUGAUUGCAGAUGUUUAGCCCGAUCGGUGCUCCAGGAUCUCCAGAAGUGUGAUCAGUAUUAACCGUGACCGUUGACUGUGUUGCUGUUUCUGUGUUCAGACAGGAAGUUGCUCCUUCCUGCGUCACCACGACUGCUUUUUAUUCUGAGGUUGAUCGAGGAACGAUGGUUUAUUGAACACCGGGUUCAUCUCCACCUACUUUCUACGGACAAGUCAGGCUUCAUUGAACCCGAAGUAAAGUUUGAAUCAGUCUCCUUCAGAAUAAGAGCCUCACUAGUAUUGGAUGUUUUUAGUGAAUUUGUGUUGUUCCAGUGUUUAGGUGGUGAUAUUGUUCGCUGUCUCUGCUGCUUGUGUGAUCAUGUGACUGUCGUGGACUAGAAAAAGUGAAUAAAUCUGGAUGUUGAA